UGGUUAAUACAUUUUGGGCAAAGGAACUACGUGGGCUCUUUUUUCUGCAUUAUAGUACAACUGGCUGAAAGAAGCAUUCUAGAUAUUAGUGAGAGGAUAACUAAGCUCUUAGGUGAAUUCUUUAACAAAUCUAGCCGAGAUGCUAUCUGGUCUGGGAGGUUUUAAUUCUCAAUGAACGUUACAUGGCUGGACCUGUGGAAGUGGUCGAUCAGCAGGAAACCUUACGCCCCACUGGAGUUUUUACACGUCGUCCUUCCCACCGUCGCUGCUUUCAUUACGUGACUCGUUCCUACACACUUCACCAAGAAACACUUUUAUGCAACCACCCUUUUUUCAGUUACACGUGGAACUUCAAUUAAAGAACUUGUUAAUUUAAAAAUAGACGGUAAUGAAUCACCCAUGUUUUAUAAACUGAAAGAAACAUACCCUAAAUCAUUGAUGCUUACUUCAACUUUUUCAGACCUCUUAGGAAAUGCCUUUCGAUAGCUCGAUAAUAGAUUUCUGCGCAACAUUGAGAUUUUUAAAAUUCUGAAAGAUAUAAACAAAACGAGGAUGACUUUUGUCUGAUAAAAAAACGAUGGAAAAAAUGAAUCUGAUCAUGGUGUCUGUGAUUAUUUUUACUGUGAUUUCAAACUCCUUUCUGCCUGCAACUGCAGUCCCUAGCUUCGAUGUAGAACCUAGGGAUGUCGAUGUCGUUGAGGGCGAGCUUGCCACAUUCUGGUGUACUGUAGCUGACCGUGGAGAUGCCAAUAUUUACUGGCUUUAUGUUGACGGUGAAGGUUACUACGGAACUUUAUCCGAGAACGAAGACACACAGACCUAUGCUCCCCUACACGGUGAAUUAACGCAGAGGAUCUCAAUAAAAGGAGACUUUAACAAUGGUGUCUACAACCUCUUUAUUAAGAAUGUUACCAUGUCGGACCAGAAACAAUAUUUUUGCUCUGCCAUCACACAAGAUUAUGUUUCUUUUCAUUCAAGAAAAGCCAGACUCACUGUUCGACCAAGGACCCGACCUGAAGAUCCCUUACACGCAUGUUCGGCUAGAGCAAUAUCACCUCCAAACAUAUUCAACGUUGGGACGUUGGUGCGAUUCACAUGCGCUACGCCAACAGGUUUUCUACCGCAAACACUGACCUGGAAUUUCAUGGAAAAUGGAAUACGAUCUUAUAUAGCUUCAUGUCCAGAGUCCCCAUGUAUACAUAAUCGGUUAAUUUCUAUCGAUGACGUCAAUAGAACAUUUGUAUGCGAGUUGGGUGGUUCGAUCUUGAAUCAGGUUGAAUGCACUUAUACACCGCUGCAACGUCAGGUCGAAGUUGUAGUAGAUCCACCUUUGUUCAAACACCCACCUGGUAUUCGGCAAGGGUUUGUCUGCUUGCCUGUAAACUAUGAUCCAAAUAACUUAUUAUUUGAGUGGUAUCACAAUUCUGAGCUCAUACCUAAUGGGACUGGUCAUUCGUUUUUAAAUCUAAUGAUCAGUCGAGAAUACGCUGGCUCCACGGUAUCAUGUUUGAUUUCAUCCCUUGAUGGGUCUUUCCGUGGUAUGGGACAAGCUAGGAUUGAACCUUUUGAUCCUAGUGAAUCAUUUUCUGACGCUGAGGGCUCUUUUUCGCCUCCUCUUGACCAAGGAUGUGGACCAAGAUAUCAUCUUAAAGACAUUCUUCUCUCUGCGCUUAUCCCAUCAAGUAUACUCUUAACCAUACUUAUCUUACUUCUUUUAAAAAGACGGCUUUCCCAUCAUACUCCCCGCACACAAAAGGAUGACGAACACGCUGACGGUAAACAGACUGAAGGUGCUUCUGAGACGUAUGUGGAGCUCUAUGAACGACCAAGCAAUGAGGCAGCUGCUUAUCAGGACCUUGACUUGACACGUGGAAGCGAAGCUGAAUAUAUCAACGGGCCUAUGAUAGAUGGACCUCGAGGAAGAAAGAAUGUAGUAAAUUAA